AUGAUGUUCACCAAAACUUUCACCGUCGUCGCCCUCGGCCUCAUGAGCACGAUGACGAGCGCUCUGCCUGCCCCUGAACUUGCCACAAGCAACGCUAUUGCGAAGCGCGGCUCUCUUCCCACCACUAUCACCAUCGACGAUGGUGCCCACACACCUUACAAGAUCUCAUUCGGCCGGCCCGCUGACGCAAUAUGGGCUAGCAAAGAAUUCUACGAGACGUCCAUCGAGCUGACAUUGCUCUGCAGUGGUUGGCUGGCGCUCUAUGACCUUUCGGUCGGCGACGUGCACACUACAGGCUUCGGAUCCAGUACCAACAACGGCGAUGCUUACCAGACCCUUACCUUCGAGGUUCCCGUGUCGCCUACCGAGUACAUCUUCCUCGACGUGAAUAUCUUCUACCAGGCUGCUCCCACCGAUGACAUACUCGGCUACCAGAUUCUGGGCGGGUGGAUUCACGGCAGCCGUCUCGAUCUGCUCGCCAAAAACCUCAAGAUCACGUUUCAAGCGGGCAGCACCCUGCUCAAUCCUCGUACCUGA